AUGGAGGCCACAGCUCCAAAGGAGAUGGCCGCAUCCACGGCCGCAGCAGAGGCUCGGGCACUGUUGGAGGAGCAGCUUUCCCGAAGCUCCUCUUUCCUGGGAGAGGAGGGCCACAAGAAGCUCUGCAACUCUUUCCUGGCCAUCGUCGGGCUGGGUUGUGUUGGCAGUGCUGCAGCUACACUCCUCGCUCGGGCGGGUGUCGAGCGGCUCCGUUUGGUGGACGGGAGCCACAUCCGCUGCAGUGCUCGUCAUGCUCUGGCGCGAGACGCAGACCAGGGGCGUCCGAAGGUGGAUGUGUGUGAGGAGCUGAUGUACGAGGUGCUACCUCAUGCGCGGAUCGAGGUCCGGCGCCAACAUCUCGCAGCAGGGAUUGAGCCGCAGCUGCUUGGGGCCAGUGAGGAUGGAAGGUGUCCCGACAUGUUGUUGGAUUGCAUGGGCGGAACUUCGGGAAAGGAGCUGCUACUGAGGUAUGCUUUGGAGCACCACCUCCCGGUCGUCUCGGUGGCCUCCGGCGCCGGCGCGCCGGGCCUCGUCCCGGCGGAUCCUUCGCGCCUGGUCGUAGCCAACUUCACGGAGGUCUGGGCCUCGCCUUCGACGGCAGUUCUCCGUCAGCGCUUGGGCAGGCAGUUCGCGAAAGGCGGCGAUGACGUGUUCAAGAACAUCGAUGUGGUGCACUCGCAGGAAAGUUUGACGUUUGGUGACAGUUUCGACCAGAGCCUGGAGGGCAUCCACCUACCCAGCAGCCUGCAGAGUUUGACGUUUGGUUUGUUUUUCGACCAGAGCCUGGAGGGCAUCCAACUACCCAGCAGCCUGCAGAGUUUGACGUUUGGAAACAGUUUCAACCAGAGCCUGGAGGGCAUCCAACUACCCAGCAGCCUGCAGAGUUUGACGUUUGGUGACAGUUUCAACCAGAGCCUGGAGGGCAUCCAACUACCCAGCAGCCUGCAGAGUUUGACGUUUGGUAACAGUUUCAACCAGAGCCUGGAGGGCAUCCAACUACCCAGCAGCCUGCAGAGUUUGACGUUUGGUAACAGUUUCAACCAGAGGCUGGAGAGCAUCCAACUACCCAUCAGCCUGCAGAGUUUGACUUUUGGUCAACGAUUCGUCCGGAGCCUGGAAGGCAUCCAACUACCCAGCAGCCUGCAGAGUUUGACGUUUAGUGACAGUUUCAACCAGAGACUGGAGGGCAUCCAACUACCCCGCAGUCUGCGGAGUUUGACGUUUGGUGACAAGUUCAACCAGAGCCUGGAGGGCAUCCAACUACCCAGCAGCCUGCAGAGUUUGACGUUUGGUGACAACUUCGACCAGAGACUGGAGGGCAUCCAGCUACCCAGCAGUCUGCGGAGUUUGACAUUUGGUGUCUUUUUUAACCAGAGUCUGGAGGGCAUCCAGCUACCCAGCAGUCUGCGGAGUUUGACGUUUGGUUUGUUUUUCGACCAGAGCCUGGAGGGCAUCCAACUACCCAGCAGCCUGCAGAGUUUGACGUUUGGUGACAGUUUCAACCAGAGCCUGGAGGGCAUCCAACUACCCAGCAGCCUGCAGAGUUUGACGUUUGGUAACAGUUUCAACCAGAGGCUGGAGAGCAUCCAACUACCCAUCAGCCUGCAGAGUUUGACUUUUGGUCAACGAUUCGUCCGGAGCCUGGAAGGCAUCCAACUACCCAGCAGCCUGCAGAGUUUGACGUUUGGUUUGUUUUUCGACCAGAGCCUGGAGGGCAUCCAACUACCCAGCAGCCUGCAGAGUUUGACGUUUGGUAGAAGUUUCAACCAGAGCCUGGAGGGCAUCCAACUACCCAGCAGCCUGCAGAGUUUGACGUUUGGUGACAGUUUCAACCAGAGCCUGGAGGGCAUCCAACUACCCAGCAGCCUGCAGAGUUUGACGUUUGGUUUGUUUUUCGACCAGAGCCUGGAGGGCAUCCAACUACCCAGCAGCCUGCAGAGUUUGACGUUUGGUAACAGUUUCAACCGGAGCCUGGAGGGCAUCCAACUACCCAGCAGUCUGCGGAGUUUGACGUUUGGAUAUUAUUUCAACCAGAGCCUGAAGGGAAUCCAAUUGCCCAGCAGUGUGCGAAGUUUCACUUCAAGAAAUUUUCGUGUAGCCACGUGGUGA